AUGUGGAAACCAGGAACAUUUGGUGUUUGGGGUGAAAUGUAUUCUGUUAUUCUCAAAAAAGAAGACUGGGCAGCACAUCAUCACCUUAGAAAUGUUUACUUUUUCUUUGAUAAUGAUGGUGAUAAAUAUUGA